AUGGCAACAAUGCGAUCAACCUACCACUCGGGACAUGGAGGCGAGACCUAUGGACGAGGGCGUCAGGCACCUUUGCGCAACACAGAGCUUUGCCGAUUUUUUCAAGUGGGCCGCUGCAAGCGCGGUGGCAGUUGUAACUUCGCGCAUUACCAGUCAGAGCUCCGACCGAAGCCCACCCUCCACCGCACGAAGCUCUGCGAGCUGUUUAUGAGCACAGGCACUUGCAGAUUCGGAGCAUCGUGCAAUCACGCCCAUGGUGAACAGGAAUUGCGUCAGGCCGAGGCACCCGCACCGGACUCUCAGAAGCGCAACGCGGGCGUCAAGACGCCGGCAAUGGUCACUGUGGAACCUCUUUUUCCCGACUCGCCUGCGCCCGCCACGGGACUUGUGUUGGCAGAUGCCGUUCAGGAUCCCAUGGUGCAGCCUCUCUCAUGGGAAGCUGCCGACGCCAUGUCGCCAGAUGAGAUCCCAGUGGAGGGCCAGCUGGGUCGGUCGGACAAGCUUGGCAAACGAUGCUCUAAUAUGGCGAUGAAAUUGCCACCUUCAGUGGACAUGCGGAGCAAUAGGGUCAACGUCAGCCUAUUCUUGGUGGAUGUGAACGCGCUGAAUGAGCCUGAUGGACAGAUUGUUGUGAAUGCCAUAUUCAAACUGUGGUGGAGAGACCCUAGAUGGCGUGAGGCGAUGGUGUAUUCCAUGGACAGGCACUGCAACGCAACCGGUUGUAGUGAUCAGGACAGGAUCGAUCUCGAGCAAUCGAUUGACAGCAGUCUUAGCUCCUGUUUCGGCCAAAGCUACGAAGCUUUUGUUAGCUCCGCGAAAGAUUUGGGACAGUCGCUCUCUGAGUUCUUGACGGUUGAUGAAUACAUUUGGACACCUAUUCCGGUGCAUCUUCUGUUGAAGACCUCAGCAAACCCACGAGGCAUCACCGAGUUUGAUCCGAUUGUCGCCAUGACUGUGCCAGCGACCAGCGAUUUCGAAGGACUUUGGGUGGACAACGAAAAGACAUUUUUCGACGUGACCCUGUCGUAUGAUCACUUCCCGUUUGACACGCAAUUGUUGGAACUCUGCAUACCUUUCGAGUAUUUUACGGAUCCACACUUCCAGACCACACUGACCGGGCCCUUUGGCUCCAUUUUUGCAACAGACAUUUCACGAAUCUCAACGAUGUGGGAUGGAACUUCGGUGAUCAGCCCCGUUGCUUCCAAGCGCUUUGUAGAGAGCCUCGAACGAAAAGGUUUUGAUGUGAAUUCCAUCGUCGUGCAAAAGGUGCAACGAUCCCUGGCUACUUCCUCAAUCUGCAUACAUAUUUCGAUGACCCGACGCAUCGGCAUCCUCCUUGUCCGGUUGUUUUGGCCUCUCAGCGCCUUGCUCUUCAUUCCUUUCGCUGGGUUCUUCAUUCCCAUUGACCUGGUCAUGCCGCGGGUCGCCACAGGCUUCCUAUCUUUCCUGUCCUUGCAGGUCUUCAGGACCAUGGCAUACGCCUUGAUUCCCCAGCAUACGUCGUCGCUCCUGUGGAUGGAUGUUACCAUGUUCUGUCUGACGGUGAUCCUUUUUGCGAGCGUCCUGGAGAACGUUCUGGUGCAAUUUUUGCGGUCUGCAGUAUCCUCCCGCUCUGCACACUUCCUAGACAAGAUUUCGCGGAUCAGCUUUCCCUCGGUGGCCGUGCUUGUGCUGGCUGUCCUCUUCAUCAUGGGCUGGGCGCAGGUUGAUGUUGCCUGGCUCAUGACGACCAUGCUUUGCAUCCUUUGCGGGUGGCUGGUCAGCUGCACCUGUGUGAUGGUCACGUACCUCCGUUCCUUGCACUACCGGCUCAUAGGAGUCCUGAUAAAGCAGGUCUCCUCUCGGAACUUCCGCUACCAGAAGGCAGCUGCUAUGGACCAAAGCGAGCUUGCCCUGAUCUUCCAAGCUUUUGACACGGACGGGAGCGGCGGUGUCAGCGCUGAGAAGAUCAUCGAAUGCAUGGAGGCCCGGGGCCUUCGCUUUAGGGAGAUUGCGGAUGAGCAGCACUUCAAGGCGCGGCUGAAGCAAGUCUGCCGCUCUGAAGCCCUUGACCUCUCAGAAUUCUGCUUUCGUUUCACGGAGCUUUUCAGCUAUCACCAUGAGACGCCGGCACCUGCAGAGUUGAAGGCGGCACCUGAAGAGGUGGAGGUGGCCCAGGAGGUCGGGGCAGCGCCCGAAGAAGUCGUCUGGAGGGCCAUUUGA